AUGUGGAUGUAUGGAUCAGGUGCAUCGUUGGAGGAAGGGACGGGGGCGACAAUGUCCGAGGACGAGGAUGAGGGGCCACCGAUGAUCAUGGAGGCGGCGCCGAUGGAUAUGAGCUCGAAUGGACAUGACAUGAUGGGCUUCGGCCCGCUGGUGCCCACGGACACGGAGCGUUCCCUCAUGGAGAGGGUCAGGCAGGAGCUCAAAAUUGAACUCAAACAGGGCUUCAAGUCAAGGAUUGGGGACGUGAGGGAGGAGAUACUCCGGAAGAGGAGGGCCGGGAAGUUGCCUGGGGACACCACCACCAUACUGAAGCAAUGGUGGCAGGAACACGCCAAGUGGCCCUACCCCACGGAAGACGAUAAGGCCAAGCUUGUUGAAGAGACUGGCCUGCAGCUGAAGCAAAUCAACAACUGGUUCAUCAAUCAGAGGAAGCGCAACUGGCACAACAACUCCCAGACAUCAACCCUCAAAUCAAAGCGUAAAAGGUAG